CUUGUCUUCUGUAGUGUCCUCUGACUUGUUCUGACUCAAACACACACAAAGACUGAAUAAGAAAGAAGGAAUAAAGGACAAAAAAGUCUCUUUGUAUUGAUCAGAUGGGAAAGCAUCACUUCUCAGGGUUAGAGGUGACCUUGAUGGUGAUGUUUGCAUUGGUUGUUGUCCUUGCCCUUGGAGAGUCAGCAGUCAUCAAAGGGGAGUCAGGGACAGAUUUAAACAAUAACAUCACCCCGGAAUGCCCCAACAUUCCUCUUGCAGAGAGAGUGGACUGUUUUCCGGAUGCAGGCGCUUCCCAGCAAAAAUGUUUGGACAGAGGAUGCUGUUGGAGUCCCUUGGAUGAGAUAAAUGUCCCCUGGUGCUUCUUCUCUAAAAACCACGGCUACACUGUGGUCAGCAUGAACAAACCUGAUAACACACAUAUUGAGGCCAAGUUGAAGAGAAUGGGCUCUCCAUCUCUGUUUGGAGCUGAUAUUGAAGAGCUGAACUUCCAUGCUGACAUGCAGACAGAAAACCGCCUUCGAUUUAAGAUCACUGAUGCAAACAACGCCAGGUAUGAGGUUCCUCAUGAGCAUGUGAAACCCCCUUCCAGCACCCCCACAAGACCACUAAAAUAUGAAUUGGAGCUGCUGCAUAAGCCAUUUGGACUGAGAGUUUGGAGAACAUCUCCAAAAAAAAUCCUGUUUGACACAACCAUGGGGCCACUGGUUUUUGCUGAUCAAUAUCUCCAGCUCUCUGCUAAACUUCCCUCUCACAACAUUUAUGGACUUGGAGAGCACGUCCAUCAAAACUUCCGCCACGACACCAACUGGAAAACCUGGCCGAUCUUUACAAGAGCUGCUUUUCCCAAUGGCGGUACACACAACCUGUACGGCCACCAUCCCUUCUUCACGUGUCUGGAAGAUGAGAGCGGCAAAUCCUUUGGCGUUUUCCUCAUGAACAGCAAUGCUAUGGAGGUAACAAUACAGCCUGCUCCAGCCAUAACCUAUCGAACCAUUGGAGGAGUUUUGGACUUCUACAUCCUGGUUGGAGACACACCAGAGGCAGUUGUGAAUGAGUUCACGCAGCUGAUUGGCAGGCCUUUUAUCCCUCCAUACUGGUCCCUGGGCUUUCAGAUCUCUCGCUGGGACUAUGGCAGCCUGGAGGAGGUGAAGAGAACUGUAGAGAGGAACCGACAGGUCGGCCUUCCAUAUGAUGUCCAGUACACUGAUAUUGAUUAUAUGGAGGACAAAAAGAUCUUCACCUAUGAUAUGGUGAAUUUUAAGGAGCUACCUCAGUUUGCAGACUACAUGCAUGAGAAGGGACAGAAAUAUAUCAUCAUACUGGACCCUGCUGUGGCCACAAGUCCAAGAGUGAAUGGAAACUACGAAACAUUUCUCAGGGGUAAUGAAGCUAAAGUUUGGGUCACUGAAGCAGAUGGGGAAACACCCUUACUGGGUGAGGUUUGGCCGGGGGAAACUGUGUUUCCUGACUUCACUAACCAGGCCUGCAUUGAUUGGUGGGUUGAUGAAAUUGUGCGGUUCCACAAAGAAGUCAAGCAUGAUGCUCUGUGGAUUGACAUGAAUGAGGUCGCCAGUUUUGUGAAGGGAUCCAUCAAAGGUUGUGCCAAUAAUAAACUGAAUCAUCCUCCAUACACCCCGAGUAUCCUUGAUGAGCUCAUGUACAGUAAAACCUUAUGUAUGGAUGCUAAGCAUAAAUGGGGGAACCACUAUGAUGUCCACAGUCUUUAUGGAUACUCCAUGGUCCUGGCCACAGAGAAGGCAUCCAGACAAGUGUUUGGGAACAACCGUUCCAUGGUCUUUACCCGUUCCUCUUUCCCUGGGGUGGGCAAAUACUCGGGACACUGGCUGGGUGACAACGCCGCCAGUUGGAAUGACAUUAAGUGGGCCAUUCCUGGCAUGCUGGAGUUUAACCUCUUUGGAAUCCCUUAUAUUGGUGCCGAUAUCUGUGGCUUUUUCGACGACUCGCCAGAGGAGCUGUGCAGACGUUGGAUGCAAGUCGGUGCAUUUUACCCCUUGAGCCGAAAUCACAACGCACAAAAAUACAAACCCCAGGAUCCUGCCUCAUACGGAGCAGACUCCCUGUUGGUGCAGACCUCCAAGCAUUACCUGAACAUCCGAUACACUCUAUUGCCAUACCUCUACACUCUCUUCUAUAAGGCCCACAUCAACGGAGACACCGUAAUGCGUCCCGUUAUGCAUGAGUUCUAUUCUGACAGUGCAACUUGGACAGUGGACCGCCAGUUCUUAUGGGGAGCUCAUCUCCUAAUCACGCCAGUGUUGGAUCCUGGUGUAGACACAGUGAAAGCCUAUAUCCCAGACGCCAUCUGGUAUGAUUUUGAGACGGAGAUGAAAAUUACAGAACGCAAGCAAACUGUUGACAUGCACCUGCCUUCUGAUAAGCUUGGAUUACACCUGAGAGGUGGAGCUAUUCUGCCAAUCCAAAGACCAGAUGUCACUACUACAAACAGUCGACGUCAUCCCAUGGGACUGAUCGUCGCUCUUGAUGACAACAAGAGAGCGUCAGGCGAGCUAUUUUGGGACGAUGGAGAUUCUAGAGAUACUGUUGAGUCCGGCAACCACAUUCGUUACCAGUUUUCUGUGGUUAAUGGUGUUCUGUCAAUGCACGUUGCUCACAAUGGUUACAGUGAUCCAAACAACUUGAAGUUUGAGAACAUCACAGUCAUGGGAAUGGAUAGAUAUCCCGUCGUCGUGCUUUUGUCAGAUGGAACCACUUCUACUGCACUGGAUGAGUCCAAAAUUCACUACGAUCCCAUCAAGCAGGUGAUGUAUUUGAGGGGUCUCGAACUGGAGCUUGGGAAGGACUACACCAUCAGUUGGGAGGUCAAAGACUCGGGCCGCUUCGAUUGCCACCCUGAGGAGAACAGCGAUGAGGCCAAAUGCAAAGCCCGUGGCUGUAUCUGGCAGCCUUCAGAUAUUCCUAAAGAGCCCUGGUGUUAUUACCCCGAGAACCAUGGCUACACCGCCAGCAACCUGGUUCAGACGGAGAGUGGCUGGACUUUAGAUCUAGACCGCAAUCCCGAUUUUCCUAGUCCACGUUCUCUGUCACCAGACAUCAACAAGCUCCGUGUGGAAAUUACAUACCUUUCUGGGCACAGCCUGCGUUGGAAGAUCUUUGACCCAGUCAAUAAACGCUACGAGGUCCCGGUUCCCAUCACCCUGCCAGCCACACCAGAGACAGAUGAAGCCAAGAGGCUUUACAAGGUCCAAAUCAGUGAACGGCCGUUUGGGAUCCAGGUGAUCAGAAAGAGCACAGGAGAAACAAUAUGGGACUCUGCUGUGCCAGGUUUCACGUUCUCCGACUUGUUCCUCCAGAUUUCCACUCGUCUACCCUCAAACUAUGUCUUUGGUUUUGGUGAAACGGAGCACUUCAGCUACAAACAUGACCUCAACUUUCACACAUACGGCCUGUUUGCAAAAGACCAGCCUCCAGGAUAUAAGUUGAACAGUUAUGGUGUUCAUCCCUUCUACAUGGGUCUAGAGAAAUCAAAAAAUGCUCAUGGUGUCUUCCUGUUCAACAGCAAUGCUAUGGAUGUGACCUUCCAGCCUACUCCUGCUUUGACCUACCGCACCCUUGGAGGAAUCCUGGACUUCUACAUGAUGCUGGGACCCACUCCAGAAGCUGUGGUCCAGCAGUACACUGAGAUUAUUGGCCGGCCAGUUCUUCCAGCCUAUUGGACGCUUGGAUUCCAGCUUUGUCGUUAUGGCUACGCCAACGAUCAGGAGAUCGCAGAUCUUUACAACCAAAUGAGAGCCGCUAAUAUUCCUUAUGAUGUGCAAUAUGCAGACAUUGACUACAUGGAGAGACAAAUGGAUUUUACCCUGGACAAAGAAAACUUCAAUGGACUUCCUGCUCUGGUGGACCGCAUGCGGGACGAGGGAAUGCGUUUCAUCUUCAUUUUGGACCCAGCUAUAUCGGCCAAUGAAACCAAAAAUUCUUACCCUGCAUUCAAAAACGGAAUGGAGCAAGAUGUUUUCAUCAAAUGGCCUCCAGAGCUUAGCAGUGACAUUGUCUGGGGCAAGGUGUGGCCUGACUAUCCCAAUAUUACGGUAGACAAUACGUUGGACUGGGAUACUCAAGUGGAGCUAUUCAGAGCUUUCGUGGCAUUCCCUGAUUUCUUCAAGACAAGUACAGCAAAGUGGUGGCAAAAUGAGAUAAAGGAGUUUUACAACAGCGUCACAAAGUUUGACGGCCUUUGGAUCGACAUGAAUGAGCCAGCCAGUUUUGUGCAUGGAACUGUCGGAGAGAAUUGUCUUGGUGAUUCCAAUCUGGAAAAUCCUCCAUACAUGCCUCCAUUGGAGUCCAAAGAAAAAGGUCUGAACCACAAGACUAUUUGCAUGAACAGUCAGCAGAUCCUCGCUGAUGGCACACGGGUCAGACAUUAUGAUGUCCACAACUUGUAUGGCUGGUCUCACACCAAACCCACUUAUGAUGCUCUCCAUAGUGUUACCGGGAAGAGAGGUGUCAUAGUCACCCGUUCCACAUACCCAACCAGUGGCCAGUGGGCGGGACAUUGGCUGGGAGACAACUAUUCCGGCUGGGACCAACUUUUGAAGUCUAUCAUUGGCAUGAUGGAGUUCAGCAUUUUUGGCAUCUCCUACACCGGUGCUGAUAUUUGUGGCUUCUUCAACCCUGCUGAAUACGAGAUGUGCUUGCGGUGGAUGCAGCUUGGAGCUUUCUACCCAUACUCCAGAAACCAUAAUAGCAUAAACAAUCCAAGACAAGAUCCCGUGGCCUGGGGAGAGACGUUUGCUACCAUCUCUCGUGAUGUGCUGAAUAUUCGCUACACCCUCCUGCCCUAUUUGUACACACUGAUGUAUGAAGCCCAUGUCCAUGGAAGUACUGUGGUCAGACCCAUGCUGCACGAAUUUGUCACGGAUGAAAACACAUGGGACAUCGACAGGCAGUUCCUCUGGGGUCCAGCCCUCCUAAUCACACCUGCUUUGGACCCGGGCGUUACUGUUGUCAAAGGCUAUGUGCCAAAUGCCCGCUGGUACGAUUACCACACGGGUAAGGCUGUUGGGGUGCGAGGACAGUUUGUGAAUAUGGAAACACCAUUAGAAAAAAUUAACCUGCAUGUGAGAGGAGGACACAUCCUGCCCUGGCAGAAACCAGAGAACAACACACAAUACAGUCGAAAGAAUCCUCUGGGUCUGCUGGUUGCUCUUGAUGAUUAUGGGUCGGCACAAGGCUCACUGUUCUGGGACGAUGGAGAGGGUGUUGGCACUGUUCAGGAAGGAGAAAUCCUUGUGACAACAUUCAGUGCAUCUAAGGGUGUUCUAUCAAACAAGAUUAUCACAGAUGGCAUAACUGACCAAACUGCCCAGUUGGCCCUGGGUGUUGUGAAGGUUUGGGGUGCCGGAACAGUGCCCAUCUCUCAGGUUAUCAUGAGCGUUCCUGGGAAACCUGACGUGAAAUUGGAUUUCACACAUGACCCUGCAACACAGGUGUUGGAAUUUGACGCAACAUCACAAUCUCACACUCUGGUAAAGACUUUCACCAUCAUCUGGAAGACAAUAUAGACAUAAACGCAUGUCAUCUACUCAGAGGCACUUGGGAAAUUAGCAAUGGCAGAAUCAUUUUUGUUUAUUUAUUAAAGUUGAGUCGAGCAACAGUGCAUAUGUGAGGCAAUGUGAUAAUUAUCCAUUUAUUUAGCAUUUACUUGGGGAGCUU